AUGGAGUCAGAUGUUGGUCGUUUUAAAGUAACUGCAGCUCCUCCAACAGAAGAGCGUGUUGUCGGUCGUUUUAGAUUAAUUCAGCCUGGUGGAUCACCAUUCUUACAAAGGGGUAGAUUUUCUGUAAUACCAGAAGAAGGACAGGAAGGGUCGCCGCUUACACAAACAAAAUUAUCGGGUCCAAAAAUCGUGGUAGAUCCUGAAUGGGAUUUUGUAAGUUAA